AUCCUGUCAUCCACCCUCGCCCAACCGACGGCUACCGGUUGUAAGAUUGGAAUCGUUUGAUGGCCGCCGCCGCCGCUUCGCCUCCGGUUCCUUUAGGACCCGAUGCCUCCGAUCUACUGGACGGGGAUCUCCGUCUCAAGCCCGCUGUGGCAAUCUCAUGGGAUUCCGAAGCACUACACAGCCAUGCAGAAAGGUGUGAGAUAGAGUCAAAAGUGUGUGUCAUUGAUCCUUCUCUGCUUCCAGCUCUAGAUGAUUUAUUGCAGGACAUCUAUGAAUCAUUGCAACCACAGCCAGUGGACUAUGAACACCGAAACCUUAUGGUUAAUGUUUUCAACAAAAUUGUUGGAGAAAUUUUUGGUAAAAAUAAUGAGCUUCCAAUUGUGGAACCAUUUGGAUCUUUCACAAUGGAUCUAUUUACUCCUCAAAGUGACCUGGACCUCUCUGUGAACUUCAAUACUGAUGCAAAUGAUCAGUAUCCUCGCAAGAACAAGAUUUCUGCUAUUAGGAAGCUUGCACAUGUUCUAUUUUCUCAUCAGCGUCAUGGUCGCUGUUAUGGUGUUUCACCUAUUGUGACUGCUAGAGUUCCUGUACUGAAGGUUAUUGAUAAGGGAACUGGUGUAGAGUGUGAUAUUUCAGUAGAAAACAAAGACGGCAUGUCAAGAUCAGCCAUAUUUAAAUUUAUUUCAUCAAUUGAUAAAAGAUUCCGGAUACUUUGUUAUCUGAUGAAGUUCUGGGCUAAGGUACAUGAUGUGAACUGCCCCAAAGAUCGAACAAUGAGCUCUAUGGCAAUUAUUUCUUUAGUUUCUUUUCAUUUACAGACUCGGUGUCCUCCAAUAUUACCUGCAUUUUCUGCCGUAUUGAAAGAUGGUACAGAUUUUGCAAGUAUUGAGAAGAAUGUAUCACUAUUCCAGGGUUUUGGGCACAGCAAUAAAGAGUCUAUUGCUGAACUUUUUGUAUCACUAAUGAGUAAACUAGUGUCAGUGGAGGGUUUAUGGGAGCAAGGGCUCUGUGCUAGCAAUUUUGAAGGGACAUGGAUAUCGAAGACCUGGGCGAAGGGUGUUGGCAACUUGAAUGUUGAGGACUUCUUGGACCGAUCUCAGAAUUUUGCCAGAUCGGUAGGGGUGAAGGAGAUGCAGAAAAUAUGUGAAUGCCUAAGGGCUAGCGUUUCUGAUUUGAGCAAGUUUUCUAAGGGUGAAAUUGCUGCGCCCAAGCUAAAGGCCCUGUUGUUUAAGCCUUUGAACCAGGUUAACCCAGUCAUUAAACCCCAUCAGAAAACUAUUAAGAGGAAGCGUACUAAUCCAAAUAAGACCAGAACUAACCCUAUUCAGAAAAAUGCUAAGAAAAAGAAGGCCCUUGAGCAGGAUAAAUUAGCCAUUUCUCCUGGUCAGAAAGAUGGUAAGAAGACCCUUGAUCAAGAGAAGUCAGUUAGUUCUCCCAUUCAGAAAGGUGCUAAGAAGACCAAACCCCUUAACCAGGAUAAGUUAGUCAUUUCUCCCGGCCAGGAAGAUGACAAGAAGCCCCUUGUGCAGGAUGAGCCAAUAGUAGUGUCUCCCAUCCAGAAGAAUAACAAUAAGUAUGUUGAUCAGGAGAAGUCCCUUCAGCAGGAGAAGCAAAUCAUCUCUCCCGGACAGAAAGAUGAUAAGAAGAGCAGCAAGGUGGGACCUGACUCAGCAUGUAAUCAUGUGCAACAGAAGAAAGUGAAGGCUACUGUAUCUACCGGCCGUGCUGCUAAUACUCAUGUUUCUAGUUCCAGGCCUCGCUCUGUUUUUAUCCCCCAAGCACAUUGGCCCAGCCAGCCAAUUGUUGAUCGGUUUGCGCAUAUACCUGAGCACCUGAUCAGCCCUUCUGCUUUUAGUUAUGGGUUGCCACAACCACUUAUGCAUCCAGCCUAUCCUCAUCCUCAUUCUCAUCAGGGAUUGGUAGGUCAAGGACAGGGUAAUUUCCUUCAUUUCAAUCCUGGUAUUGAGCUGCAGCAUCAAGGCCAGGCUUUCUUCGGUCCUCCAGCUGUCUACCACCCCAUGGUGAAUGGGUUUCACCCAUUCGGUAUCAAUGGUGCUCAGCAAGUGCAGUACAUCGACAAUAGGAUGGUGCAGAGGCCACCAUAUGGUUUUGGCCCAGGUUUCUGGGGAUGAUGGUUGCAGCCUGAGGAAAGGUUGGUUGCUAACUAGUGGGGGUUUGAGGUGAAAGUUGUCAGUUCAAAGAAAAAAAAGCUGUUGUGUCUAAUAUACUCAAAGAUUUAGCUUUAAAUAGGGGCCAGUGGAAAAUAGCUAACCAUGUGUCUGAACCUUGAUUUGUGGUUUUUGUUCGGUUUCAGCUCUAGCUUACCUUAGAAGUAAAAUGUUCUGUUGAUGUUGGAUUUUAACUCUAGCCUAUCCUGGGAUUAAAAGGUUUUGUUGUUGUUGUUGUAAGUUGUAAUUGUAACUGUUAGGUUUGUACUCUAGUCUGAUUUAAAAGUAAAAAGGCUAUAUUGUUGUUGUUGUAUCUAGACCUGUACAAGGAGAAAUAAUCAAAUAAGGAAAAAAACACAAUGUGGGAAAGAAA